GCGGCACAGCCUCACCAUGGUGGUACAAUGAGGGGUUGCCUGCCGCAACUUUCAUCUUCCAUCUCAAGCAUCUUUGGGUUCCUUCACGCACCACAAGGAAAUCGAUAUCUCGAACACGACCCAUCAUGGAAACACUAGCAGCCAUUGGCUUAAUCGCCAAUAUUAUUCAGUUUGUCGACCUCGGCGCAAAGCUCAUCGGCUCUGCGAAGGAGAUGCGCGACUCUGCUAGCGGCAUGACGAUGCAGAACAAAAGUCUAGAAGAAACUACCACUGAGAUGCGCUAUCUGGCUGUGAGGCUGGACCCACCUGCCACGGAGGCGAAGACUGACGAUGAACGAGCACUCCGUCGGUUGGCUCAGGAGUGUCGUGAGCUAUCGGACCAGAUACUUCGUCUUCUGAGUGGAAUUGCCCCUACCAAGCCAAAUUCAUGGCGUCAAAUCUGGGGAUCUACGAUGAAGAACUUCAAGCACAGGGACGAGAAAAGAGAACUCGAGAGGAAGUUAGCCAACUGUCGUGGUCAGCUACAUUUUCAUUACAGCAAGUUGACCAGUUCGGAAGUACAAGCGCAGCUCCAGACUCUCGGAGAUCUUGCGCGAUCGAAUCAAGCCAUUUUGCAAACGCUACCGCAACAUAUCGAGCAAUUUCAUCAAGGUACAUGUGUUGAUUCGUUGGGUGUUGAAGCACAGGAUCAAUUGAAAGCGCUACUUGGAUUGACAAAAGUAGUCAGAGAAGCGGUCAUCGACUACAGUUUUCUCGAGAGUCUUGCAUUUGAAGGAAUGCAGGCUAGAGUUGAUGUCAUUGAGAAAGAGCACAGAAAAACCUUCCGAUGGAUUGUAGAGCAAGAUGUAGAAGUCGACGAUGCCACGUUGAAAACCAACGCUCGCGAACUGUACGUUUCAUGGCUACACCAUGAUUGCGGAAUCUUCCAUAUCGCGGGAAAGUUGGGCUCUGGCAAAUCCACACUCAUGAAGUUCUUGUACAAGCAUCCCGAAACACGCACGCAGCUGUUACUGUGGGCAGGUCAAACGAAACUGGUGGUGGCCAGCCACUUCUUCUGGAAACCCGCGAAAAUGCCGUUACAAAAGUCGCUCGAUGGAUUGAAGAGAUCACUACUCUAUCAAAUUCUGGAAUCACAUCGGGAACUGACCAAGAAAGCAUUCCCGGAAGGUUGGGAAUGCAGGAUGAAAUCACAACACUGCCCGGUAGGGCUAAAACGAAGACUCUCCCCGGGUGAAAUUCACGAUGGCUUCAUGGCCCUCCUAAAAGACGAGACCAUCCAGCGAUCAUACCGAUUCUGCUUCUUCAUCGAUGCUUUGGAUGAAUUCGAAGAUUCCCGCCAACACGAUCACAGAUCAUUGGUCGAUGCGCUGCGUAAUUGGACCCGGAUUUCUUCAAGAACCAUCAAGCUAUGUGUCUCUAGCCGAGAAGAAAAUGUGUUCGAAAACGCAUUUUCUGGUGAUUCAAGGAUACGAUUACAAGAUCUAACAAGACACGAUAUGGAGCGCUUUGCCCGUUCUAAGCUCGAAUCUAUACACGAUGAUGCGCUUCGGGAGCGCCUCGUGCUUGAGAUCGUCAACAGAUCGGAUGGUAUCUUCCUGUGGGUUGUCUUGGUCAUCAAGCAGCUUCGUCAAGCUUUGGAAGACGGACGCGACACAUCGUCUUUCGAGCAGGAGUUGGGAGCACUACCUACUGAGUUGGAGGAACUGUUCAAGCAUCUGCUCGACUCUAUACCAAAAUCGUAUCUGAGAAGAGCGUAUCAAAUCUUUGUCAUGACUCACAAGCACGAAAGCUUGGGGACCAAGCUGUCUACACUGUCCUGUCUGUAUCUGGACGCUUAUGAAGUGGAUACCGAGUUUGCAAUGAAAGAUACAUUCCGUUUUCCUAAGCCAGAUACCAAUAAUCUCCACGAUCUGUACAUCUGGUACAAUACACAACUCGACAGAGCUCGGAGGCUGAUACAAGGCUAUUGUAAGGGACUAGUGGAAGUUAGACCCGACAUUUUGCCCACGCAAUCGCCUGCAAGGUCAAGACAUGUCGUUUUCGUACAUCGGACCAUUGUGGAAUUCCUUGAAUACUCAAGUAUCCUCCAAGUCAUGAAACACCCGUUGAGCGAUUUCGAUACGAUUGGGGCGAUUUCACAGUUACAUCUGGCUGAGUACCAAUCUUUACCUGCCGGUCUUAUCGAUCUAAACCAUUGGUGCCAGAUUUAC